AUGUUUGCUGUUGCGGAGCGGGUAACAUCCUGCCCUGGUAACCGCAGUACGCUGCUGAAUUGGUUUCCUGGUGACCUCAUCAUGGGCACUCCGGCAUCUGUAGUCAGCUCCCCUGAAUGGCAGGCUCCGGAACCGCGAGCCCGGAAGAAGGCCUCUGCGAACAUUUUCAAAGACAUUGACCUCCUGCAGUUACAGACGCUUUUCCACGCCGGCGGAGAUGAGUGCGCUGAGGAGCGAGCACAGAUCAUCUACAACUAUGCUGGAGACAGACACAUUGCAGAAGCCUUGAUGAAGCUGCGAAGGAAGAAACGGAAUAAAAGCUUUCGCCCUGCGUCGCACAAACUGAGCAGUGAUCGAAUUGAAACGCUCUCCAUGCAGAAUUUCAGUCAACUCUGCAUCAAUGAAACAGGCCACAGAGGAAGUACAUCUUCUGAGGAUGAUUCUGACCACUCCAAUGGUAUUACACAGGCCGAGCCUCCUGCCUGCGGAACAAAGAAACACCCGGUCACUAAAAGAACUAAAAAUGAGCUCAGGAGGCAGCAGAGACGGAUCUCUGGAUAUCUGCACCAAAUAAAGCGAUGAAGGGCGGAGGAUGGUGGGAGUUGUUGCAGCUGGCCAGAAUAU